UUAAAAGUACGAAAUCGAUUGUUUUUUUGUUUUGUUUUACUAUGGAUGUGAUAACGCAGAUAUGACGUAUCGCCAGCAAACCGUAAAACAAACCCGUGUUUUCUAUUCCUUGUAGUUACGUAAAUGGUACGCUUUAUUCUUAAACGAAGCAAGUAAAUAUUGUGUGUAGUAUCACUAUCGAUUGUAGUUUCUUGAUACUACAGUUAGAGAAAAAUCGUUUUUGCUGCCUUAGUCCUGUGUCGUACACUCACUAUAUUACACGACAUACAAACACUAGCACAUUAGCACUCUAACUGAUCUGUGGACUUUAGUAUUAUAACAUGUAUGUUAUUUAUGUAUAUAUAAACGUUGCGUGCGCGAUUGUGAAUUACAUCGAAUAAGGAUGUAGUAAAGAUAGUUUGUGGAGUCUGAUGAUGAAAACGGACACUCGCGUUUGAUCUGACGGCAAAAAAUUCUAUUAUCAAUUCAAAGGCGGCGGCGACGGUCGUCGUUAGUACAUUGCUACUGUGGAACCGAUCAUUAACAUCGGGCAUUGUUAGCUGAGACAGUAUUUCUAGCGUUCUAAUAAUAAUAAUAAUAAUAUUAUUAUUAUUGUUUUGACGAUGUUGUUGCUCGUAUUUCAAUUCAUCUGGUAUUGGUGCUGUUAACUUCUUGACACCUAGCCUUAAGUCGCCGCCACUUAGUCAAGUAUUGUGUAAAUGUAAUAAAUAAUUAAAAAAAUUAGUUAAAUAAUGUUUUUUGUGACGUUAUCACUCUACUGUUGUAUUAUGAUCUGUAAAAAUUGGUAUUGAUGAUGGAAUAAAAAUUGCUAAAAUGAGUGGAAUAGAUAAAAAAGAAGAUCCAGGUAUUGGUGCUAUUGGUGAAGUUCAUUCAAUUCCUACCAUGGAUCAGCAGUUUACAGGUACAAUUCGUAUCAAACUGUGUGAAGCAUCUGGAUUGAGACCAACUGAUCUACAAACACGUCUUAAAAAUAUGUCAUUCCUAAAACCUGAAGAUCCAUUGCUUGAUGCUUAUGUUAGCAUAGAUGUAGAUGAUAACAUCCUUUUACGGUCUCAGACAAUUCCUAAGACUUAUGACCCUGUAUGGAAUGAGUAUUUUACUCAAGAUGUGCAUGAAGCAAAUAAAUUGGGUUUAACUGUAUUUCAUGAUGCUGUUAUUGAAGAUUUAUUUGUUGCUAAUUGUAAAAUAUCAUUUAGUGAGUUGAUACAACGAGAAAAAUCUGAAGAUCAAGAAUUUUGGGUGGAUUUAGAGCCUCAGGGAAAACUGCAUCUUCGUAUUGAUUUAAAAUGGAACUCCAAAGAUUUACCUACUCGUCCUUCAGAGUUCAAAGAACGUCAAGGUUUAUUAAAUCGAAGACGAGGUGCUAUGAGGAGAAGAGUUCAUCAAGUUAACGGGCACAAAUUUAUGGCUACAUUUCUCAGACAACCAACAUUUUGUUCACAUUGUCGUAAUUUUAUUUGGGGAUUUGGAAAACAAGGUUAUCAGUGUCAAGUUUGCACAUGUGUUGUUCAUAAACGUUGUCAUAUGGAAGUAGUGACAAUAUGUCCAGGUUUUGGAAAAAAAGAACUGAAUCAAGGUAAUCAAUCUCAACGGUUUAGUGUCAAUGUUCCUCAUAGAUUCAAACCACACACUUAUAAAAUAUUUACAUUCUGUGAUCAUUGUGGUUCUCUCCUUUAUGGCAUUUAUAGACAAGGUUUACAAUGUGAAGUAUGUACAUUAAAUGUGCAUAGACGUUGUGUUAAAAAUGUUGCAAAUAACUGUGGUAUUAAUCCUCGUGAGAUGGCUGAUACUUUACGAAGUUGCGGGCUUAAUCUCAGUAAAAAUGUGGACUGGCCUGCUGGAAAUGGUAGUUUUAGUAUAAGCAGUGGUAGUAGUGGUACUAAUUUACACCGUGAUUUAAGUCAUCAAGCUUCCAAUAUUUUGAAUAUCAUGUCAGAAAAGCAUUCCCAAUCAGAAACUAAUAAACGCAUUUCAGAAAAAUCUUCAAAAAUGAAUCAAAGUCUAAGCUGUUAUAAUUUGAAUAGUCGUAAAAUGAAUGUAACAGAUUUUACAUUUAUAAAAGUAUUGGGCAAAGGUAGUUUUGGUAAAGUUAUGUUAGCAGAAAAGAAAGGCACUGAUGAAAUCUAUGCUGUAAAAGUAUUGAAAAAAGAUGUUAUAGUGCAAGAUGAUGACGUUGAUUGUACAAUGACUGAAAAACGAAUUUUAGCCCUUGCUGCUAAACAUCCUUUCUUGACUGCAUUACAUUCUUGUUUUCAAACUAAAGAUCGAUUGUUCUUUGUUAUGGAGUAUGUAAAUGGGGGUGAUCUUAUGUUUCAAAUUCAACGUGCAAGAAAAUUUGAUGAGCCUCGAGCUAGAUUUUAUGCAGCUGAAGUAACAUUAGCUUUACAAUUCCUUCAUAGACAUGGUGUUGUUUAUAGAGAUUUAAAAUUGGAUAAUAUCUUAUUGGACAAUGAAGGGCAUUGUAAACUUGCUGAUUUUGGUAUGUGCAAAGAAGGCAUUGUUGAUGGUGUUACUACUACUACAUUUUGUGGAACUCCAGAUUACAUUGCUCCUGAAAUUCUUCAAGAGUUGAACUAUGGUGCAAGUGUUGAUUGGUGGGCUUUAGGUGUAUUAAUGUAUGAAAUGAUGGCUGGACAACCACCAUUUGAAGCUGAUAAUGAAGAUGAUCUAUUUGAAUCAAUUUUACAUGAUGAUGUUCUUUAUCCGGUCUGGCUGAGUAAAGAAGCAGUCUUAAUUCUAAAAGGGUUUAUGACAAAAAAUCGCAACAAACGCUUAGGUUGUGUUGUGGCUGAUGGUUUGGAAGCUGCUAUAAGAAUUCAUCCAUUUUUCCGAGAAUUGGAUUGGGAAGCAUUAGAAAGUCGACGAGUUAAACCACCAUUUAAACCAAAAAUAAAAAACAAAAAAGAUGCUUUGAAUUUUGAUGCCGAAUUCACGAAAGAAGAACCAGUUUUAACUCCUGUACCCGUUGAUGUUACUCUAUCAAUUAAUCAAGAAGAAUUUCAAGGUUUCUCUUUUGUUAAUUUAGAUUUCAACCCUAGCAAAUUUAUUUCUACUACAAUAGACAAUUCUAAUAAACAUACUUAAUUUUGAGCUUAUAACUGGUUAAAUUAUCAAGUAAACAAUCUGAAGAAA